GUCUGCUUCUUCCAUCCUUCGUUGCAUCGGCGUGGGGCGUGCUUAGCUUCCUCCCACCCUUCCUUCCUUCCUCCGCUCUUCUCAAUUUUUUCGCUCAUCGGAGUCGGAGGAGCAGCAGAUCGCCCGGAAUCCCGCCGCCGCGAACCCACCGCUCCCUCGCCUCGCCUCGCCUCUGAUUCAGGCCCCCGCCCCCGCCGAUCCUCCACACCGCGCGCCUAGGGUUUCGACUGCUCAUCCAUCCGCUCCUGGGGGAAGGAGAGGAGCCACCGCCGCGCGAUUCGGGGCUUGUAUGUGUAUGUAGGGUUAUUAGAUUCGUCGACCUACUGAUUCUACUCUCUCGGAUGACCUAGAUUUCACGUAGGAUCCUCUACUUCCAACCGAUUCGCCUUCUGCUUACUUGUUACAUUUACCUCUACACCUCUCCACUCUUCCUGCUCCUGCACCUGCACCUGCUGUUGCUGUUGAAGAUGAGCUCCGAGCCCCCAGAGCCAGAGCCGCCCAAGCGCAACAUGAGGAUCAGUUACUCCAGGGACUUUAUGAUCUCCGUUGGAGAGACCGACCGCUGCAAGAAGCUGCCCCAGGGCUUUGAUGCCUCACUUCUCAGUGAUCUGCAGGAGAUGUCCGCUGGCGUGCUUGACAGGAACAAAGGCUACUACACUACACCCCUGGGGAGGUCCGACGGCUCAGGUCCCUAUUCUUAUUCUUCUCAUGGCGGGAGCUCAGGGGGAAGGUGGGAAACACGCUCCUCUGGUUCAAGUGACCGCGACGGAGAUUUGCCUGACCGUGACUCAUCAAUGCAGGAUAGGCGUAAUGGGAACCAAUACAGGCGCAAUUGGCAGAAUCAAGAGCAUGAUGGCCUGCUGGGAAGUGGCGUUCUCCCUAGACCACCUGGAUAUGGAGGGCAAGUGGCAUCCAAGGAUCGUGGGAAUACGUAUCAGCCAAACAGGACAUCUGAACGCUACCAACCACCUCGUCCCAAGGCUGCGCCUUUUCCACGGAAAGAUAUUGACGCAAUGAACGAUGAAACAUUUGGGUCUUCUGAAUUUUCAAAUGAGGAUAGAGCAGAGGAAGAAAGGAAACGAAGGGCAUCGUUUGAAAUGAUGAGGAAAGAGCAACAUAAAGCCCUUCAAGAAAAGAAGAAUGGUCCUGAGAUUGAGAAAGAAAACUCCGGUCAUGAUAUCAUUUCACUGUUACAGACUCCCUCCGAAAGGACAGCAACCACAGCUAAAAGUGAGAAGCCAGAUGGAUCUGCAAUUUCCUCAGCUUAUCAAGAAGAUACCACUAAAACCUCUUCAGUUCUAUCAGCUUCCACUGCCAGACCACUUGUGCCGCCUGGUUUUUCAAAUGCCUUUGUGGAGAAAAAGCUUCAGCCACAAUCGUCCAACAUCUCUCUUGAACCAAAGGUUAUUGAUGCAACUAGUGAGGGUAACAUAUUGGCUACAGCACAAUUUGGUGGCCUUGUAGAGGGUAACCAGUCAGCAUCAGAGAUCACAGCAAGCAAAAAUAAAGAGAAGGGCAUUCCUGAUAACAUUGCUAGUGUAGGUAAACAACACACACUUCCAUCUGGAGGUGUUACAUAUUCAGCUGAAUUUGCAUCGAGCAUUCUGAAAGGAAGUGGAGACUGGGAAGGUGAUGCAAUGGAUAAGUAUUCUAUUGAAAACGAAGGAAAGUCUAAAAAUAUUGGUUCUGUUAGGAAGGACCAUUCAAUCUCAAUCUUGGAACAAUUCUUUGGCAGUGCAUUGUCAAAAGGUGGAACUGAUUUGCCACCAUAUGUUGAGAAUCAGCAGAUGAAAAAUGAUGACGAUGUGAUUGUUUCCUCUUUACCAGAAUCAUCCAAAUUUGCUCACUGGUUUCAUGACGAAGACUCGAAACCUGCAGAAGACUUAUCAUCAAAUGGUCUGCUAUCCAUGAUUGUCAAAAAUGAAAAACCAGGUCAAGAAAGUAUAGCUCAUGGACCUCCUUUAUCUGAUGGUGCCGUUCAGAAUUUAUUACCAAUAUCACCGACUCAUAAACUUGAUGUUGCAUCAACGCACCCCUUGUUCACACCAGCUGCACCUGCCGUGGGAAUGCUGGAACAGCACAACCAUGCUGAUAUUGAUCCUGCUCCAAUUAUGAUGACGUGUGAGGAUCUUGAGCAGGCAAUGCUGGCGCAGGUUGCUACCAGUAGCAACUCCAAUCAGAAGAAUGUUGUACAGGAGCAUCAGCUUGUUGUAGAUGAGCCGAUUGCUACACAGAAAGUGGCUGUAGACAAUCAUGCAUCACAGCACCUUCUUUCAUUAUUAACAAAGAGCACAGAUAACAAGGGAUCAUCUUCUUUUGGCUUACACAUAGGAUCAUCUGAUAGAUCACAUAAUUCUGAUGUUACAUCCAAUGGUGGAGUAUCUGGAAUAGCUCCAGUUAAUAAAGCUGAAACUGCUCCCACUUCAGAGAAAAACCUAACAUUGGAAGCAUUGUUUGGGGCUGCAUUUAUGAAUGAGCUCCAAUCCAAGGAUGCACCUGUUUCUAUCCGAGGAUCUGCAACUAGCGGUCCUAACUAUGAGUUCGCAGAGACAGGCAAAACUUCAAUUGCAUCAAGCCAUGAAGGAUAUUACCCUGGUGAACAGGUCCUACCCUUCGGCACCAUUAAAGAUGGAGUUGCCCCUAAAGAAUCAGGAACUGGCAACAGGAAUUUAGCAUUAUCUGGCCCAAGUCAGGGCAGUGCUAGCUUAGAUAAGAAAAGCUUGGAGAUUCAGUUGCCUGAAGAAGAUAAUUUGUUUACAGUGAACGACUCUUUGGAUGGUCAAAAGCCUGAUAUUUUUCCAUCGGUGAGAUCCAGUAGGGUUGAGGGGCUACUACCAGAAAAGGCAGUUGAUGAUCUUAAUUAUAGGCUUCAAAGUCUAGUGCCUGGUGAUUCAGAACAUGUUCAAGUACUUGGUCCUGAUGCGCUGGGAUCCCAUUCUCAUGAACGGCGUUAUCAGGCUGAAUCUCAAAAUCUUUAUCAUCUUCUACAAGGUAGACCACCUGCACUGGCUCCUCGUCCUAUGAUGGAUCACAUUGGUAAUAGGAAUCAGCAAACCCCGUUUGACAUGACACAAGCGAUACAGCAUGAUCCUCACCGUUCCUUUUCAUCGAACAUGAAUCCUAUGCAACAAUCUCUUCAUGCUCCUCGGGCUCCUCAUGUAGACCCAGCUGCUCAUCAUCUUAUGAUGCAGCACAUCUCCACACCUGGAAAUUUUCCACCAGAAGGCCUGCAAAGAGGUGUUCCGCCAUCUCAGCCUGUGCAUCACAUGCCUGGUUAUAGGCCUGAGAUGAGCAAUGUAAAUAACUUCCAUAUGCACCCUCGCCAGCCCAACUAUGGAGAAUUUGGAUUGAUGAUGGCAGGUCCAUCAGGUCCAGAACUGAGAGGCAAUCACCCAGAUGCCUUUGAAAGGUUUCUCCAGAUGGAGCUUACAGCCAGAUCCAAGCAGAUGCACCCAGCAAUGGCUGGUCAUGUACCUGGCGGCAUGUACGGGCCCGAGCUUGACAUGAACUUGAGAUACAGAUAGAUGGAUGCGUGUGAUUGCUUAUGCAGUAUGAAGGACCCAGAAACGGUUUGCUGUACUUGCGUCAAAUAGUACUCUUUACCCAUGCCAUACCGCUAUGUACCUGUGUCAAUGAGCUUGGGUUAGCGUUUACCAUCAAUACAAUCGUUUGGCUGCGAUAAGGUACCUGAUGAUUCACUGGUGGUGGGGGUUGGUUGCAUUUGCAUAUAAAUAUGGAGAAGUUAUGAAUGGGUUGGUGAUCUGGAGUGAUCUGUUGUGAAAGUGGGGAACCCAACGAAUAUUGGGUGAGGUCCAUCACCGUAGCAGCCACCUCUGCAUUGUGUCUGUCUGCCUGCCUAUCUGUUGUUUUCAGUUUCUGUAUAAAUACUAUUCUGCAAAAGAAAGUACCAGAUUGACAGACACAUUUGGAAGUGUU